AUGUCGCGGAUAUCUACUUUCGGAAGGGCUGUCAGCCAAUUGGCGACCCCUAAUGUCUCCUCUACCACCUGCAGAUCAUGCCAGCUACGACUCAGCGCCGCCUCGCAACAACGCCAAUUGCAGACCUCCGCUGCUCGACCCGCACUCGCCGACCGCUUCAAGUCUGUCUUUGGCGGCAAGAAGAAGGAAGAGGACUCGACAGAAGUCGCUAGACCUGAAUUAGCAGAAUUCGACGACGGCACACCACGAAAGCCCGACUUCCCUGGAUGGUAUCUACCAAAGGAGAAUCUGCCCGAAGGAUGGGCCAAGACACCGCAAGAGGACACAGCAUACGUUAUGGCAUCUGAGGGCAAGGACUUGGAACACGUUGGAAGUGAGAAGUGGCUCGAGCAGCAGUUCGACGACAAACCAAAAUACAAGGNNGGUACAAAGCACAUCACUCUGGCCAUACAGGGACUCAUGCUGACGUUUCGCAGAUGGGCAAGAGUAAAGAAGACCAACGGAUUAUCCCCCAAGGAUGCUGGAGAGCAAGUCCUGAAGGCCGCAAAGGAGGCCGGCCUCAAGGUGGACCAAAAGGGUUUGGAUUCUGCAGUAACAGAGAUCAAGGACAAGUUCAAGAUUCCAGACAUCGUCAUGCACAGAGCAACAACACUUAAGGACUUCCAACAAGCCAUUCUCACAAAGCCCAAGCCCAAGAAGUUGGCCUUCACCCUCUUAGCCAACGAGGAGUUGAUGGCAAACCGCAACAUUCAGGUUCGCGGAGGCCGUCAAACAUCGGUUCACAAGGACAGAGCCGUUGGCAGGUGGAAGCUGAUUGAGGAAGAGCUUAUCAACAAAGGCUUGCCUGUAUUUGGACAUGGAAUCAAAGCCAACAGAGGCUUCCAGACUGAAGAAGUCAAAGACCAAACCGCAUAA